GACGGCGACACGUCGUUGGUCUUUUGGCGCGAAAUUCCUCAUCCGAAGGUUCCGUGAUGAAAGGCGCGCGAGAAGGUAAACAGCGCUGAGUUUGGGAUUUAAUUUCGCGUUUCUGGUGAAGUCUGCUCAGCAGUUUGAGUUUCAGGAGUGUGGUAGACGGCAGCCGAGCGGAUUCCCUGAUUUCCCCGCACACUUCAGCGCGAGAGAAUGUCAGACGCCGGGGAUCUGAGCGGAGCAGAGGAGAGCCAGGAGGAGGUCAUGACCCCAGCGGAGCUCAUCGCCAAACUAGAGGAGGCUUGGCUGAAUGAGAAGUUUUCUCCAGAACUGUUGGAGAACAAGUCAGAGUUGGUGGAGUGUGUGAUGGAGCAGAUCACACACAUGGAGGAAAAUCUGCAGCGGGUGAGGAAAGGUGAUGUGAAGGCCAGCGUGCAUCGCAUGGAGAUCGAUCGCAUCCGCUUUGUUCUGAGCAGCUACCUGCGCUCAAGGCUUCAGAAGAUAGAGAGGUUUUUCCCUCAUGUUUUGGAGAAAGAAAAGUCACGUGCUGAUGGAGAUCCUUCAUUUCUUUCUCCUGAAGAAUUUGCCUUCGCUAAAGAGUAUCUGGCCAACACAGAGGUGUACCUCAAAAACGUGGCUCUGAAACACAUGCCCCCGAACCUGCAGAGCAUUGACAUGCUGAAGGCUGUUCCUGAGCCGUGUCUGGACUCGUUUGUGUUCCUGAGAGUGAAAGAGAGCCAGGAGAAUAUCCUGGUGGAGCCUGAGACAGAUGAGCAGAGGGAGUAUGUUGUGGACUUGGACGAAGGUUCGCAGCACCUGAUGCGUUACCGUACUAUAGCGCCUCUAGUGGCCAGCGGUGCAGUGCAACUCAUUUAACCCCGCAGAGCCUCAGGAACUGAAUGAAGCCACAGAGGAACAGAUCACCUGUGUUCUUCAUCUUUGCAUGCCAGAUGGCCAGCUGUGAACAUCCGUCAGCCUCUCAACACCUUGAGCACAUCCAUAUGUUUGAAUCCAAAAGCAUUUGUAUAUUAAAAUGCCUAAUUCUCGUCAUGAAACUGACUUGAAAGCAGUAUGGAUUGAGUUUAAAAAAGUAAGAAAACAUACUAACAAUCUAUAAUGUAUUCUGACAAAUGGAUAUGUAACACAACACAGAUAGUCUGAAUGGAGUUGUUGAUGACGUCCAGCAAAAUUUGGUCACAUAUUGACAGCUCAGUUAUUGCAGUCUGAUUAGAAACUGGUGAACUUGACACUCUUGCUCUGAAAGGGAAGCUGUGGUUUUCUCUGUAAGAGGGAAGUUGGUUUGGGCGUAAAUGGUCAUUAGGGUUUUGCUGGUGUGGUAGAAUAAAAUUAAUAUUUAUGUUUCUA